UCCAUCUCCACAUCUCUUUUCUCUGGUCAUUCAUACUCGCCUAUCCAUCCAUCAUGUCGACGACUGUAACUGUCACUGCUGCAAAGCAGCCAGAUAUUCAGUAUGCGCCAGACUUUGAUAAAUGGCGCGCGAGAACGGAGCAUCGACUACGAACCGAAACCCUGUCUAAGGAGCUCCCGGCAGGUUUCCCCAAGAAGCUCGUCUCGGAUCUCGUUUGGGAGGGUUCAGAUAUUCAAGACCGUUAUGAUUGGACAUAUGUUCUCACUGAGGCUGAUUUGGAGGAGAUCCAGACCGCGUUGAUGCACUUUAGAUCUCUUGAUAAACCAAUCGGGUUCGUUGACCAGGAGACCUUCCCACUCCCGAACCUCCAUCCUAUACUAAGAGAAGUGUCGAAUGAACUGCACAAUGGUCACGGGUUCAAAGUGAUCCGAGGAUUACCAGUCGACAAGUACUCUCGCGAGGAAAAUGUGAUUAUCUACGCUGGUAUCUCCGCACACAUUGCUUCGAUCCGAGGUCGGCAGGACUCGUCCUUCGAUGGAAAGCCGGCGGACGUAAUGCUCAACCACAUCAAAGACCUCAGUACUGUGGAAAAGAAUAAAGAUAGGAUCGGGGCCCCGGCAUACACAACUGAUAAGCAAGUUUUUCACACCGAUCAAGGGGAUAUCAUAUCCCUCUUUGCGCUCAGCACAGCUGCGUCUGGUGGACAGAGCAAGUUGGCCAGUAGCUGGAGGGUCUAUAAUGAACUGGCGGAGACGCGUCCGGACCUCAUCAGGACACUUGCGGAGGGUUGGCCUUUCGAUGGAUUCGGGAACCCCUCGUCACCUUACCACCUACGCCCAUUACUCUUCUACCAGCCUGCCACGGAGAAACAGCCGGAGAGAGUUCUAAUCCAGUAUGCGCGUCGAAGCUUCACCGGAUUCCAAGCGCUGCCUCGAUCAAAAGACAUUCCCCCAAUCACGGAAGCACAAGCAGAGGCAUUGGACGCACUGCAUUUCCUGGCUGAGAAACAUGCAGUCGGUCUCGACUUUCGCAAAGGUGACAUUCAAUAUAUCAACAAUCUAAGUAUCUUCCACGCCCGGGAUGAAUUCCAAGAUACCCCUGAGCAGCAACGGCACUUGAUUCGCCUUUGGCAACGGGAUCCCGAGAAUGCUUGGGUCACACCGGAGCAGUUGUCCAGAACAUGGAAAUCACUCUAUGAUGGAAUAACUCCUGAGUCGCAGGUCUUUCCCCUAGAACCAUAUGUGCGGGGCCCAGCGAGAGGUGCGUUCAGGGAUAAAGCUGCCGUAAGUUCGAACGGGAGGCAUUUAGAGUAAAUCAUUAUCUCUGUUCGGUCUGGACGUGAAUGUUAAACUCUCGGGGGCUACGGAAGAUGCUUGAUUAUGGAGGAAUCGAGCUCGAGAGCUCAAGGCUAUCUAAGCUAUCUACUGUGUGCUACACGGACUCAAAGCGGAAGGCAAGGGAGAUUGCCUACUGGGUGCUAGUGCAAAAUGAACCGAAAUUGAUUGCAUUAAGAUGUAGUCUCAAUCUUUAGCUAAUUAUUUCUACCCGCUGAUUACUCCUAACUGGUCCGAUGAUACAGUUGCAGAAGAUCUUGGCGUCACCUUCACCAGCAUCGACGGAUGGGGUCAACGUUGAACUCUACCGACGGAAUGAGCCUCAAUCAUGACUUCUUCGUUGGGACAAAUGACUGUUCCCCGAUCUUCCUAAAAGCCCUCACGAUUUCGACAAAGCUCUGUCUCAUAUAAUCUAUAGAAUAUCA